AUGAGCAGACCCUGGUGGCUCUCCCUGUUCCUCCUCACCCUUCCUAUGGCCCUGGUGGCCGGCACAGACCCAGGAAAGAAUGAGUUGACGACGGAGUUGAGGACAUUUAAAACCAUCAACACCACAAGCUCCAAUGUGAAGCAGUGUCUGUGGUUUGCCAUGAAGGAAUACAACAAAGAGAGUGAGGACAAGUAUAUCUUCAUGGUGGCCAGAGUGCUGCGGGCCCAGAUGCGGGUCACACAUUGUCUGGAAUACAUUAUUGAUGUUGAAAUUGUCCGCAGCAAUUGCAAAAAGAUCUCAAGCAAUAAUGAAAGCUGUGCCAUUCAAAGAAACUCUAAACUGGAAAAGAAAGUAAGUUGCAGCUUUUUUGUGGAAGCGCUGCCCUGGAAUGGCGAGUUCAAUUUGAUAAAGAAAGAGUGUGACGACGCCUGA